GACUGAGUAAUCAAUUAAAAACCUCAUUUGUCGACUCGCAUUGUUUCACAUCAGAAUAUGUUACUGGCCACUAUGAAAAUCCAAGCUGAUUUGUUUGUACUUUUUAUUGUGUUCAUAUUUAAAUCGACAACGGGUCAAAGCAAUGAUCGAAUAUCUGCGGACUAUUACUUCGGCGUGGGGGUGCUGCGAACACGGGAGAACCCCAAUCCGUGUAAAAACUCCGAGUUCCAAAUACUUUGCCAUAUGAAAUGUGGCGGCGACCAUAUUUGUAUGGACGGAAAGUGUUAUUGUCUCACUGCUUUGACUACCAAAAAAAUGCUCAUAAGAGGAGCAAAAACAGAAACAGAUAAAGAAGAUUCAGGUGAAGUUUCAGAUUACGAAAGUGAAGAUGAAGAUGAAAUUGAUUUCACGAAGAAAGAAAUAAAGAGUUAUAGCAAAGAAAGAAAGGAUGACUCGCAAUUGGAACGACGUCAUCAGAUAGCUCAUUUCUGUUCCAAUCUGAGUCUAGCCAGGAAAUGUAUAUACAAGUGUAUGGAGCAAGGGAAACCAGCGUUUUGCGGUAAAGACCACGUGUGCUAUUGUGGACACACUGAGACACACAGUCACGCUACAGGGGUAGAAGGCCAUCAUGACACAUAUGCAGAGUUUAAGGACAUGUAUAAUAAGUAUGUACUUGGUCGGGGAUACGACGUUCCUAAAGAACAUGAUUGAUUUAAUAAAUUAAAGUAAUGUGAAAGUC